AUGGAGAGCAUCGAGCUGGUGAAUGCCAUCGCAUCACCGAUCGCCAAGGUGACCGAAACUUUGAAGAACAUCGAUCUUCAAUCGGCUCAAGUAGAGCCAACGGUUGUUGUGGAGGAUUGUUUGUUGCAAAUGUGCGAGUCUUUCGAGAAGGCGCAGAUCGAGCAUUCUAUGGAGCAGGCAAAGGAAAGCACCGCUCAUAGCAAGCUGCUCGAAACGGUGACGCAUGUACAACAUGACAUCCGCGAGUGUAUCCAAUUGGAGAAGGAUACCAGAGAAAAGGCAUCACAGGCACAACAAGGGGCUCUAGAGUCGCUGAAGCAAUCCUUGUCUGAUGUCCAACAACUUAUCAAGACGGAGAUUGUAGUGCAGGAAGUUUCCAAACCAUUGUAUGCAUUGGAAAGUACGAUCAAUGAGCUUGUGGGUCAAUCAUUGAAAAUGGAGAGCAUCGAGCUGGUGAAUGCCAUCGCAUCACCGAUCGCCAAGGUGACCGAAACUUUGAAGAACAUCGAUCUUCAAUCGGCUCAAGUAGAGCCAACGGUUGUUGUGGAGGAUUGCUUGUUGCAAAUGUGCGAGUCAUUCGAGAAGGCGCAGACCCAACAUUCUUUGGAGCAGGCAAAGGAAAGCACCGCUCAUAGCAAGCUGCUCGAAACGGUGACGCAUGUACAACAUGACAUCCGCGAGUGUAUCCAAUUGGAGAAGGAUACCAGAGAAAAGGCAUCACAGGCACAACAAGGGGCUCUAGAGUCGCUGAAGCAAUCCUUGUCUGAUGUCCAACAACUUAUCAAGACGGAGAUUGUAGUGCAGGAAGUUUCCAAACCAUUAUAUGCAUUGGAAAGUACGAUCAAUGAGCUUGUGGGUCAAUCAUUGAAAAUGGAGAGCAUCGAGCUGGUGAAUGCCAUCGCAUCACCGAUCGCCAAGGUGACCGAAACUUUGAAGAACAUCGAUCUUCAAUCGGCUCAAGUAGAGCCAACGGUUGUUGUGGAGGAUUGUUUGUUGCAAAUGUGCGAGUCUUUCGAGAAGGCGCAGAUCGAGCAUUCUAUGGAGCAGGCAAAGGAAAGCACCGCUCAUAGCAAGCUGCUCGAAACGGUGACGCAUGUACAACAUGACAUCCGCGAGUGUAUCCAAUUGGAGAAGGAUACCAGAGAAAAGGCAUCACAGGCACAACAAGGGGCUCUAGAGUCGCUGAAACAAUCCUUGUCUGAUGUCCAACAACUUAUCAAGACGGAGAUUGUAGUGCAGGAAGUUUCCAAACCAUUGUAUGCAUUGGAAAGUACGAUCAAUGAGCUUGUGGGUCAAUCAUUGAAAAUGGAGAGCAUCGAGCUGGUGAAUGCCAUCGCAUCACCGAUCGCCAAGGUGACCGAAACUUUGAAGAACAUCGAUCUUCAAUCGGCUCAAGUAGAGCCAACGGUUGUUGUGGAGGAUUGCUUGUUGCAAAUGUGCGAGUCAUUCGAGAAGGCGCAGAUCGAGCAUUCUAUGGAGCAGGCAAAGGAAAGCACCGCUCAUAGCAAGCUGCUCGAAACGGUGACGCAUGUACAACAUGACAUCCGCGAGUGUAUCCAAUUGGAGAAGGAUACCAGAGAAAAGGCAUCACAGGCACAACAAGGGGCUCUAGAGUCGCUGAAGCAAUCCUUGUCUGAUGUCCAACAACUUAUCAAGACGGAGAUUGUAGUGCAGGAAGUUUCCAAACCAUUGUAUGCAUUGGAAAGUACGAUCAAUGAGCUUGUGGGUCAAUCAUUGAAAAUGGAGAGCAUCGAGCUGGUGAAUGCCAUCGCAUCACCGAUCGCCAAGGUGACCGAAACUUUGAAGAACAUCGAUCUUCAAUCGGCUCAAGUAGAGCCAACGAUUGUUGUGGAGGAUUGCUUGUUGCAAAUGUGCGAGUCUUUCGAGAAGGCGCAGACCCAACAUUCUUUGGAGCAGGCAAAGGAAAGCACCGCUCAUAGCAAGCUGCUCGAAACGGUGACGCAUGUACAACAUGACAUCCGCGAGUGUAUCCAAUUGGAGAAGGAUACCAGAGAAAAGGCAUCACAGGCACAACAAGGGGCUCUAGAGUCGCUGAAGCAAUCCUUGUCUGAUGUCCAACAACUUAUCAAGACGGAGAUUGUAGUGCAGGAAGUUUCCAAACCAUUGUAUGCAUUGGAAAGUACGAUCAAUGAGCUUGUGGGUCAAUCAUUGAAAAUGGAGAGCAUCGAGCUGGUGAAUGCCAUCGCAUCACCGAUCGCCAAGGUGACCGAAACUUUGAAGAACAUCGAUCUUCAAUCGGCUCAAGUAGAGCCAACGGUUGUUGUGGAGGAUUGUUUGUUGCAAAUGUGCGAGUCUUUCGAGAAGGCGCAGAUCGAGCAUUCUAUGGAGCAGGCAAAGGAAAGCACCGCUCAUAGCAAGCUGCUCGAAACGAUGACGCAUGUACAACAUGACAUCCGCGAGUGUAUCCAAUUGGAGAAGGAUACCAGAGAAAAGGCAUCACAGGCACAACAAGGGGCUCUAGAGUCGCUGAAGCAAUCCUUGUCUGAUGUCCAACAACUUAUCAAGACGGAGAUUGUAGUGCAGGAAGUUUCCAAACCAUUGUAUGCAUUGGAAAGUACGAUCAAUGAGCUUGUGGGUCAAUCAUUGAAAAUGGAGAGCAUCGAGCUGGUGAAUGCUAUCGCAUCACCGAUCGCCAAGGUGACCGAAACUUUGAAGAACAUCGAUCUUCAAUCGGCUCAAGUAGAGCCAACGGUUGUUGUGGAGGAUUGUUUGUUGCAAAUGUGCGAGUCUUUCGAGAAGGCGCAGAUCGAGCAUUCUAUGGAGCAGGCAAAGGAAAGCACCGCUCAUAGCAAGCUGCUCGAAACGGUGACGCAUGUACAACAUGACAUCCGCGAGUGUAUCCAAUUGGAGAAGGAUACCAGAGAAAAGGCAUCACAGGCACAACAAGGGGCUCUAGAGUCGCUGAAGCAAUCCUUGUCUGAUGUCCAACAACUUAUCAAGACGGAGAUUGUAGUGCAGGAAGUUUCCAAACCAUUGUAUGCAUUGGAAAGUACGAUCAAUGAGCUUGUGGGUCAAUCAUUGAAAAUGGAGAGCAUCGAGCUGGUGAAUGCUAUCGCAUCACCGAUCGCCAAGGUGACCGAAACUUUGAAGAACAUCGAUCUUCAAUCGGCUCAAGUAGAGCCAACGGUUGUUGUGGAGGAUUGUUUGUUGCAAAUGUGCGAGUCUUUCGAGAAGGCGCAGAUCGAGCAUUCUAUGGAGCAGGCAAAGGAAAGCACCGCUCAUAGCAAGCUGCUCGAAACGGUGACGCAUGUACAACAUGACAUCCGCGAGUGUAUCCAAUUGGAGAAGGAUACCAGAGAAAAGGCAUCACAGGCACAACAUGGGGCUCUAGAGUCGCUGAAGCAAUCCUUGUCUGAUGUCCAACAACUUAUCAAGACGGAGAUUGUAGUGCAGGAAGUUUCCAAACCAUUGUAUGCAUUGGAAAGUACGAUCAAUGAGCUUGUGGGUCAAUCAUUGAAAAUGGAGAGCAUCGAGCUGGUGAAUGCCAUCGCAUCACCGAUCGCCAAGGUGACCGAAACUUUGAAGAACAUCGAUCUUCAAUCGGCUCAAGUAGAGCCAACGGUUGUUGUGGAGGAUUGCUUGUUGCAAAUGUGCGAGUCAUUCGAGAAGGCGCAGAUCGAGCAUUCUAUGGAGCAGGCAAAGGAAAGCACCGCUCAUAGCAAGCUGCUCGAAACGGUGACGCAUGUACAACAUGACAUCCGCGAGUGUAUCCAAUUGGAGAAGGAUACCAGAGAAAAGGCAUCACAGGCACAACAAGGGGCUCUAGAGACGCUGAAGCAAUCCUUGUCUGAUGUCCAACAACUUAUCAAGACGGAGAUUGUAGUGCAGGAAGUUUCCAAACCAUUGUAUGCAUUGGAAAGUACGAUCAAUGAGCUUGUGGGUCAAUCAUUGAAAAUGGAGAGCAUCGAGCUGGUGAAUGCCAUCGCAUCACCGAUCGCCAAGGUGACCGAAACUUUGAAGAACAUCGAUCUUCAAUCGGCUCAAGUAGAGCCAACGGUUGUUGUGGAGGAUUGCUUGUUGCAAAUGUGCGAGUCAUUCGAGAAGGCGCAGAUCGAGCAUUCUAUGGAGCAGGCAAAGGAAAGCACCGCUCAUAGCAAGCUGCUCGAAACGGUGACGCAUGUACAACAUGACAUCCGCGAGUGUAUCCAAUUGGAGAAGGAUACCAGAGAAAAGGCAUCACAGGCACAACAAGGGGCUCUAGAGUCGCUGAAGCAAUCCUUGUCUGAUGUCCAACAACUUAUCAAGACGGAGAUUGUAGUGCAGGAAGUUUCCAAACCAUUGUAUGCAUUGGAAAGUACGAUCAAUGAGCUUGUGGGUCAAUCAUUGAAAAUGGAGAGCAUCGAGCUGGUGAAUGCCAUCGCAUCAACGAUCGCCAAGGUGACCGAAACUUUGAAAAACAUCGAUCUUCAAUCGGCUCAAGUAGAGCCAACGAUUGUUGUGGAGGAUUGCUUGUUGCAAAUGUGCGAGUCUUUCGAGAAGGCGCAGACCCAACAUUCUAUGGAGCAGGCAAAGGAAAGCACCGCUCAUAGCAAGCUGCUCGAAACGGUGACGCAUGUACAACAUGACAUCCGCGAGUGUAUCCAAUUGGAGAAGGAUACCAGAGAAAAGGCAUCACAGGCACAACAAGGGGCUCUAGAGUCGCUGAAGCAAUCCUUGUCUGAUGUCCAACAACUUAUCAAGACGGAGAUUGUAGUGCAGGAAGUUUCCAAACCAUUAUAUGCAUUGGAAAGUACGAUCAAUGAGCUUGUGGGUCAAUCAUUGAAAAUGGAGAGCAUCGAGCUGGUGAAUGCCAUCGCAUCACCGAUCGCCAAGGUGACCGAAACUUUGAAGAACAUCGAUCUUCAAUCGGCUCAAGUAGAGCCAACGGUUGUUGUGGAGGAUUGUUUGUUGCAAAUGUGCGAGUCUUUCGAGAAGGCGCAGUUCGAGCAUUCUAUGGAGCAGGCAAAGGAAAGCACCGCUCAUAGCAAGCUGCUCGAAACGGUGACGCAUGUACAACAUGACAUCCGCGAGUGUAUCCAAUUGGAGAAGGAUACCAGAGAAAAGGCAUCACAGGCACAACAAGGGGCUCUAGAGUCGCUGAAGCAAUCCUUGUCUGAUGUCCAACAACUUAUCAAGACGGAGAUUGUAGUGCAGGAAGUUUCCAAACCAUUGUAUGCAUUGGAAAGUACGAUCAAUGAGCUUGUGGGUCAAUCAUUGAAAAUGGAGAGCAUCGAGCUGGUGAAUGCCAUCGCAUCACCGAUCGCCAAGGUGACCGAAACUUUGAAGAACAUCGAUCUUCAAUCGGCUCAAGUAGAGCCAACGGUUGUUGUGGAGGAUUGCUUGUUGCAAAUGUGCGAGUCAUUCGAGAAGGCGCAGAUCGAGCAUUCUAUGGAGCAGGCAAAGGAAAGCACCGCUCAUAGCAAGCUGCUCGAAACGGUGACGCAUGUACAACAUGACAUCCGCGAGUGUAUCCAAUUGGAGAAGGAUACCAGAGAAAAGGCAUCACAGACACAACAAGGGGCUCUAGAGACGCUGAAGCAAUCCUUGUCUGAUGUCCAACAACUUAUCAAGACGGAGAUUGUAGUGCAGGAAGUUUCCAAACCAUUGUAUGCAUUGGAAAGUACGAUCAAUGAGCUUGUGGGUCUAUCAUUGAAAAUGGAGAGCAUCGAGCUGGUGAAUGCCAUCGCAUCACCGAUCGCCAAGGUGACCGAAACUUUGAAGAACAUCGAUCUUCAAUCGGCUCAAGUAGAGCCAACGGUUGUUGUGGAGGAUUGCUUGUUGCAAAUGUGCGAGUCAUUCGAGAAGGCGCAGACCCAACAUUCUUUGGAGCAGGCAAAGGAAAGCACCGCUCAUAGCAAGCUGCUCGAAACGGUGACGCAUGUACAACAUGACAUCCGCGAGUGUAUUCAGUUAGCAAAGACCAAUAGAAUGCAGCAAAAUUCAGUACAUGAGGCUAAAAUUAAAGUAAUGGGCAAAGUCUGUGAGUCCCUAGCAUCAGAAGAAGUUGUCAAACAAACGAAAGCUGAUCAAGAGCUUACAAAUUUGAAGGCAAUAGAUAUUACACGCAACGAACUAAAGAAUGAUGUUGAGGAUGUCAAAGAAUUUAAGCCAAACGACAAGACAAUCGAUAAAGCUGGCAUAGAAGCUAACGAACAAGUAAAUGAAGAGACAAGCAAAAUGGAAGAAAAGCAAAAAGCCAAGCAAAUACAUUUGAACGAUGCCAAACUGAAGACUGAAGAAGAAGCUAAUGAGAUAAAAGCAGUAGAAGAGGGUAAGACAAAUGCUGAAGAAGAAAGUAAGAAGAAUGCCAAGGAAGAAGCUAUGAAAUUGAAAGAAAAACAAGAAGCCAAAAUGAAGAACAAGGAAGAAGAAGCCAAGAAGAAGAAGGAAGAAGAAGAAGCCAAAAAGAAGAAGGAAGAAGAAGAGGCCAACCUGCAGGCUAAAGAAAAAGAAGAGAAGAAGAAGGCUGAGGAAGAAGUGAAGCAGCAGAAGACUGAGGAAGAAGCUAAGAAGAAAUCUGAGGAAGAGGCUAAGAAAUUAAAAGAAGAACAAGAAGCCAAGAAGAAAAAGAAGGCUGAGGAAGAAGCUAAGAAAAAAGCUGAGGAAGAGGCUAAACAAUUGAAAGAAGAACAAGAAGCCAAGAAGAAAAAGCAGGUAGAGGAAGAUGCUAAAAAGAUGAAAGAAGAGGAAGAGGCUAAACUGAAGGCUGAGGAAGAAGUGAAGAAGAAGAAGGCAGAGGAAGAGGCUAAGAAAUUGAAAGAAGAACAAGAAGCCAAGAAGAAGAAGGCUGAGGAAGAUGCCAAAACGAAGAAGGAAGAGGAAGAGGCCAAACUGAAGGCUGAGGAAGAAGUGAUCAAGAAGAAGAAGGCAGAGGAAGAAGCUACGAAGAAAGCUGAGGAAGAAGCUAAGAAGAAAGCUGAUGAAGAGGCCAAGAAAUUGAAAGAAGAACAAGAAGCCCAUAAGAAGAAGAAGGCUGAAGAAGAUGCCAAAAAGAAGAAGGAAGAGGAAGAGGCCAAACUGAAGGCUGAGGAAGAAGCUAAGAAAAAAGCUGAGGAAGAGGCCAAGAAAUUAAAAGAAGAACAAGAAGCCAAGAAGAAAAAGAAGGCAGAGGAAGAAGCCAAGAAAAAGAAGGAAGAGGAAGAGGCCAAACUGAAGGUUGAAGAAGAAGUGAAGAAGAAGAAGGCUGAGGAAGAAGCUAAGAAGAAAGCUGAGGAAGAGGCCAAGAAAUUAAAAGAAGAACAAGAAGCCAAGAAGAAAAAGCAGGUAGAGGAAGAUGCCAAAAAGAAGAAGGAAGAGGAAGAGGCCAAACUGAAGGCUGAGGAAGAAGUGAAGAAGAAGAAGGCUGAAGAAGAAGCUAAGAAGAAGGCUGAGGAAGAAGCUAAGAAGAAAGCUGAUGAAGAGGCCAAGAAAUUGAAAGAAGAACAAGAAGCCCACAAGAAGAAGAAGGCUGAAGAAGAUGCCAAAAAGAGGAAGGAAGAGGAAGAGGCCAAACUGAAGGCUGAGGAAGAAGUGAAGAAGAAGAAGAUAGAGGAAGAAGUGAAGAAGAAGAAGGCUGAGGAAGAAGCUAAGAAGAAAGCUGAGGAAGAGGCCAAGAAAUUAAAAGAAGAACAAGAAGCCAACAAGAAAAAGCAGACAGAGGAAGAUGCCAAAAAGAAGAAGGAAAAAGAAGAGGCCAAACUGAAGGCUGAGGAAGAAGUGAAGAAGAAGAAGGCUGAAGAAGAAGCUAAGAAGAAGGCUGAGGAAGAAGCUAAGAAGAAAGCUGAUGAAGAGGCCAAGAAAUUGAAAGAAGAACAAGAAGCCCACAAGAAGAAGAAGGCUGAAGAAGAUGCCAAAAAGAGGAAGGAAGAGGAAGAGGCCAAACUGAAGGCUGAGGAAGAAGUGAAGAAGAAGAAGAUAGAGGAAGAAGUGAAGAAGAAGAAGGCUGAGGAAGAAGCUAAGAAGAAAGCUGAGGAAGAGGCCAAGAAAUUAAAAGAAGAACAAGAAGCCAAGAAGAAAAAGCAGGUAGAGGAAGAUGCCAAAAAGAAGAAGGAAGAGGAAGAGGCCAAACUGAAAGCUGAGGAAGAAGUGAAGAAGAAGAAGAUAGAGGAAGAAGUGAAGAAGAAGAAGGCUGAGGAAGAAGCUAAGAAGAAAGCUGAGGAAGAGGCCAAGAAAUUAAAAGAAGAUCAAGAAGCCAAGAAGAAAAAGCAGGUAGAGGAAGAUGCCAAAAAGAAGAAGGAAGAGGAAGAGGCCAAACUGAAAGCUGAGGAAGAAGUGAAGAAGAAGAAGGCUGAAGAAGAAGUGAAAAAGAAGAAGGCUGAGGAAGAAGCUAAGAAGAAAGCUGAGGAAGAGGCCAAGAAAUUAAAAGAAGAACAAGAAGCCAAAAAGAAAAAGCAGGCAGAGGAAGAUGCCAAAAAGAAGAAGGAAGAGGAAGAGGCCAAACUGAAGGCUGAGGAAGAAGUGAAGAAGAAGAAGGCUGAAGAAGAAGUGAAAAAGAAGAAGGCUGAGGAAGAAGCUAAGAAGAAAGCUGAGGAAGAGGCCAAGAAAUUAAAAGAAGAACAAGAAGCCAACAAGAAAAAGCAGGCAGAGGAAGAAGCCAAAAAGAAGAAGGAAGAAGAAGAGGCCAAACUGAAGGCUGAGGAAGAAGUGAAGAAGAAGAAGAAGAAGGCUGAAGAAGAAGCUAAGAAGAAGGCUGAGGAAGAAGCCAAGAAAAAGGCUGAGGAAGAGGCCAAGAAAUUGAAAGAAGAACAAGAAGCCAAGAAGAAAAAGAAGGCUGAGGAAGAAGCCAAAAAGAAGAAGGAAGAGGAAGAGGCCAAACUGAAGGCUGAGGAAGAAGUGAAGAAGAAGAAGAUAGAGGAAGAAGUGAAGAAGAAGAAGGCUGAGGAAGAAGCUAAGAAGAAAGCUGAGGAAGAGGCCAAGAAAUUGAAAGAAGAACAAGAAGCCAAGAAGAAAAAGCAGGCAGAGGAAGAUGCCAAAAAGAAGAAGGAAGAGGAAGAGGCCAAACUGAAGGCUGAGGAAGAAGUGAAGAAGAAGAAGGCUGAAGAAGAAGUGAAAAAGAAGAAGGCUGAGGAAAAAGCUAAGGAGAAAGCUGAAGAAGAUGCUAAAAAGAAGAAGGAAGAGGAAGAGGCCAAACUGAAGGCUGAGGAAGAAGUGAAGAAGAAAAAGGCAGAGGAAGAAAUUAAGAAGAAGAAGGCUGAGGAAGAAGCUAAGAAGAAAGCUGAGGAAGAGGCUAAGAAAUUAAAAGAAGAACAAGAAGCCAAGAAGAAAAUGAAGGCUGAAGAAGAUGCUAAAAAGAAGAAGGAAGAAGAAGAGGCCAAACUGAAGGCUGAGGAAGAAGUGAAGAAGAAAAAGGCUGAGGAAGAAGCUAAGAAGAAGGCUGAGGAAGAAGCUAAGAAGAAGGCUGAGGAAGAGGCUAAGAAAAUGAAAGAAGAACAAGAAGCCAAGAAGAAAAAGAAAUCUGAGGAAGAUGCCAAAAAGAAGAAGGAAGAGGAAGAGGCCAAACUGAAGGCUGAGGAAGAAGUGAAGAAGAAGAAGGCUGUGGAAGAGGCUAAGAAGAAGGCUGAGGAAGAUGCCAUGAAAUUGAAAGAAGAACAAGAAGCCAAGAAGAAAAAGAAGGAAGAGGGAGAAGCCAAAAAGAAGAAGGAAGAGGAAGAGGCCAAACUGAAGGCUGAGGUAGAAGUGAAGAAGAAGAAGGAGGAGGAAGAAGACAAAAAGAAGAAGGAAGAAGAAGAGGCCAAACUGAAGGCUGAAGAAGAAAUGAAGAAGAAGAAGGCAGAGAAAGAAGCUAAGAAGAAAGCUGAGGAAGAGAAUAGAAAGAAGCAAACAGAAAAAGUGAUCAAGGAAAAGAAAACAACGGCAGAAGCUAGGAAGAUAAAGAAUCUUGAGUAUGAAAUCGAGACGAAGAAGGUCCAAAAUGAGGGACGCAUCGAACCAUCCCAAGAAUUUCUUCAAAAAUCAUCGAUUGUUAUUCACAGCAAGGCGUAUGACCAAUUCUGUAAUCUUUUGAAUAAUUUCCAAGCAAUGCUUUUAGAAAUCAAGCGAAUGUUUUUGACCAACAAUGCUAGUAGAAACAUGAUCAGUGCCAUAGGAAAUGUAAAAUUAAACCUUCUAAGUCAAGAAGACCUCGAAAUUUGCAUGACUGAUGUGCCAGUUGUAAAGCUUUUACAUAAUUCAAUUGACAUUUUUAUCAGCACGUUGUCCUCGACAGAUAUGUAUUCUUCGGAUUCUGGUACUUGGAAUGUAUUGGAAGACAACUUGUUGCAACUGUCUGAAUCUCUUGCACAGGUGCAGAAGAAGAGUAAACUUUUGGAGAAAAACGAGUGGUUAGGUGUUUAUACGAUAUUCAAAUCCAUCAUGAAUAUUUUGACUGAGAUUGUUCAGAAUAUCACACAUAGAAGAACCGCUCAAAGCGAAACGGAGCAUGUGUUCAACAAAAUAACUGUUGAACUUCAACUCCUGCAGAAAGAUCUCGAGUACAUUCAGUUGAAUUUUGGCAACCGUGUAGAUUUGUCAUCCAAAACCGUAUCAUCAUAUUAUGCCCAAAUUUGUAAAGCACUGUCCCUAUUACAUCCGUCUGUUGGGGCAAUCAUCAAGAAGCCAUCGUUCUAG